AUGAGCCCCUCCAGCAGCAGCCCCGGCGGCAGCGGCGCCACCAGCAAAAAGUACCGCGACACCAGCCCCUCGGAGCGGCCGGGCAGCCACGACGGCCCAAGCAGCGCGGCGAACGCGGGCGAGUCGCUGAUGGGCCACGCGGAGAAGCGGCGGCGCUGGACCGAGGACGAGGAGGGCGGGCGGCGGCGGACGGCGUGGUGGGACACGGUCGAGGCGUUUGAGCGGUGCCGCUGGAUCAUUGACGUGAUCCUGCUGCUCUUCAUCAUCGGCCUGCUAAUGGAGCGGCGGGCCAAGAGCUACGGCUUCUGCGAGUACGAGGGCAACGGGGACAUAACGGGGUUUGCGCCCAAGAUCGCGCAACAGAUAAAAACAUUUGUUCCCGACUUUGGCUUCGCGCCCGAGAACGCGUCCGAGUUCUUUACCGACGCGGUGCAGCAAAAGUGGCUGGACAUGGUCCCCAGGGGCCUCGGCUACGUAAAGGUCAACGAGCCGUCGCAGUACAACAACCUGCCGCGGCCGCUACUCGACUACAACGGCACCACCGUCUUCACAUCGUCGGUGACGCACCAGCUGCACUGCCUGCACUCCAUCGUCAACGCCUUUUCCGCAAACGCCGUCGGCGACGACAGCAAGCUGCCUGAGGGCCACGGCUGGCACCUCAACCACUGCUUCGAGUACCUGCGCCAAAACAUUCUCUGCUGCGGCGACACGGCGCUCGAGGGCGAGGCAACCACCUUCCCGUCCGGCGAGACGGGCAGCGACGGCUGGGACGCCAAACACGUGUGCAAGAACUACGACCAGGUCAAGGCGUACCUGGACGAGAACAGGGUCGAUGACGAGUUGUGGAUAUGA